AUGAUCUGUACUGAAUUCUUGAGACAUAAAGCUAAGCUGGAGUGGAUUAGACAUGGUGAUGAAAACAGUUCCCUCUGUCAUCAAAAUAGUAAGGCUCGAAGAAUCCAAAAUCAAGUGUAUGUUAUCUAUGAUAAGGAUGGUAUUUGGCAAGAUAGAGAAGAAGGAGUGACUCAAGCUUUCCUUGAUUUUUAUCAAGGUUUACUAGGGAGUACCAGCCCAAACAGGAGACUAGUGGUCCAGCAAAUUGUUCAAAGUGGCCCUCUUCUCACUAAGGCUCACAAAGCUAUACUCAAUAGUAGUUAUACUGUUGCUGAGAUCAAAGCUUCCUUGAAGUCUAUAGAUGGCGCAAAAGCACUAGGCCUUGAUGGCUUUCGUGCUUACUUCUAUAAAGAUUCUUGGAGCAUAGUUGAAGAGGAUGUGAUCCAUGUUGUAUUAGAUUUUUUCACCUCUGGUAAGUUACUCAAGGAAGUUAAUUCAACUUCAAUCACUCUAAUACCUAAAAACAAGUGCCCUACUCAUGUUACGUUGGUGACUUUAGACCAAUCUCUUGCUGUAAUGUUUUGUACAAGUGUAUCACAAAAGUCUUGA